AUGUUUUCUAAUGAUCGUGGGAUGGUGUCCAAAAGAGAUUACAUAUGGUGGAGGGAUCUUAUAUCGGUGGAUAUUCGGAGUGACUCAACUCAUAAUUUUUUUACUAACAAUAUUCUUUGCAGGUUGAAAAAUGGAAGGAGUAUCCUGUUUUGGCACGGAAAAUGGAUUGGCAAUCAAUCCCUAAAGGAUGCGUAUCCGGAAGCAUUUUCAAUCGUCGCAACCCCUUUUACUAGCCAGAAUAAAAUCAAGCUGAUGCUGCCAGAUUUGGUCUCCGACUCUGCUACAGCACACGAAUUCUGGUGGCAGCCGGAAGACAGCGAGAUGUUCACGGUAAUAUCUUUCUACGAAAUCAUGGAUGAAGGAAUAAUAGUUGUUUCUAGCUCUGUGCAGAAAACGCUUUAG